AUCCCCCCAAGCCGAGGCUCAAGCAAGCUGACCGCCUGCCCGCCCCCAGAAGACGCCCUGCUUGGCUGGUGUCCCGUCGUCGUUGGCGGACGGCAUUCGGCGGACGGAACCACAUGUCAUCGCCCGAGUCGAACCAACUCUCCCAUCUCCAUUCACAACCUACCUUAUCCACUAUCCACCAUCCACCCCCGGUGGCCAUGGGCACGCACGCGUACCGCUCCUCUUUCUCUCUUUCCCUCCCCCAUUCUCCGGAAUCGACGACAUUGACGACGUGACCUUUUUCCUUCUUUGGAGGCUUUCCUUUCUAAUCGUCCCCAAUCGCUCUUACAUCCGAGUCCGGGGGGUUUAUUCCCCUGCCCUCGCUCGCGUGCUCGAGGCCCCCAUUCCUCGCCGACGCCCGCGUCGCCCGCAUUCCGGCGCCCCCCACGAUCGUCGACUCGGUCCCCUCCGCGGUGCUAGCCACAACGGCCUCGCGGAGGCUCCUCCUCCUCCAACAAACUCAAAACCCGACCAGAGUCCCGUCCGCGGCUUCUACGCCGUGAGUGAGCGUGCGACCGGCCGAGCGACCGAACGCAGCGACGUGCGGCAAAGAGUCGCCCGUGCGGAGCAGCUCAGCCAAGCUCCCUCCCGACCCUCUGGGCCACCACCACCAUCGUCUGCUGCUGCAUCGUUGCAGUAGCACCGGCGAAACAAUAACAGCCAGCCGGCCAGCCGCUAGUAGCCAUGCCGUCGUCGCGCAACGGCUCCGUCUUCAACGGCGCGAGCCCUACAAUAACGACCUCCUCGGCCGCGGACCCUUUCGCCCGCAACCUCCUCUCCUCGUCCAUCUCAUCGCUCUCCGCCUCCUCCACCACCGCCGCGCGCCACACCUCGCACAUCUCCAAGACCUACCGCCAGGCUUCGACCCUCUUCCUGACGCGCCGCCUGCCCGAGGCCCUCACCACCCUCACGCCCCUCAUCGUCCCCCCCGGUGGCUCCGUCGACGACGCCGAGCCCGCCCCCGUCGCUGCCGCCUCCCGCACCACCCGCAUCAAGGUCUGGAGCCUCUACCUGACUAUUCUCAAUGCUGUCCUCGAGAUGGAGCCCGACGAGGGCAAGGAUACCUUCGGCAAUCAGGAGUGGCGUGCCCUGUGCGCCAAGGUCCGCGACGGCGACGUCUGGGAAGAGGUCGUCCGUAAUGGGUACCAUGGCGUCGAGGGUGACGUUGACUCGGACGUUGUCAUCAACCUGGCCACGCUGCUGCUGGCGCACGCUCGUGAUCAGACGCUGAACCAGCGCCGGCUCGAGACGUACCUCGCCUCGUCCAACGCGCCUAGCUUUGACCUCGCGGGCAAGCUCGGUGCCUCCGCCACGGCCUCGUCCUCGCCCGGGCCUGGCUCCCGCGCGGGCCAGCGGUACCAGUCGCCGGCCCCCGGCACGAGCGGCGCCAACACGCCUCGCGACCUCAACGCGCGUGUCAAGAUCCUCGAGCUCUACACGCUGCACGUGCUGCUGCGGAACAACGAGUGGGAGUACGCCCGCGAGUUCAUUAGCGUCAGCUCCGUCCUCGACGACGAGCGCCGCGAGGCCUUCCUCCAGGCUCUCCAGAGCCUCCAGGAGGAGCAGCAGGAGCAGGAGCGCCUCGAGCGCGAGGAGCGCCAGCGUCAAGAAGACCAGCUGCGUAGGGAGGUCGAGGAGGCCCGCCGCCAGCGCGCCGAAAACGAGGACCGGGAGCGGAGGCGACUCGAGGAGGACCGCGCCCGCAGGGAGGCCCGGGAGGGCAGCGAGGUCGACUACGGCAUCGAGCAGACGCCCAGCUACACCGCCGCCGCCGCCGCCGCCGCCAACGGGAGCAGCAGGCCGCGCCGCAACACCGGCAGCAGCGGCAACGGCAACACCGGCACCGGCACCGGCACCGGCGGCCGGCCCCAGCAGCCCCGGCCCGGCCGGACGGGCGGCAAGGCCGUCGCCGCGCCCCCGCAGACCUUCACCGCCCAAGCCGGCAUGAUCCUGUCCCGCCUGCGCACCGCCGUCAUCGAGCUGGCCACGUCCCUCAACGGCAACCCUGUGCUGCUGACGCGGCUGCUGGCCUUUGUCAUCGGCCUUCUCAUCAUGCUGGGCCACAAGGGCAUCCGACAGCGGAUACAGCGCAUCCUCGGCGCGUCAUGGAGCAAAGUCAAGGCCACGGCCGGCAUGGGUACAAAGGUAAGCUACAUCUGAUGGCUGGGAUGUGCUGCCCCGGCCGCUCCCGCACGACGUGGGCUGCGCCAAUAUGAUUACACACCGCAUGCAAGACACCACCAUCACCCUUCCGUAGUGUUUCAAUAUUCCAUAGCAUAUGUACCACGGUUGGGGGAUUAGUUUUUCUUUUGUACACCACCGACUUUAGCACGAAGUGGCGCGAGCGUCGGAAGACACUCAGACGCGCCGACAUGUUACUAUCUAGACGAGAGGCUUUUUGUGAGUCAGGGGAGAAGGUCUCGCUACGAAGCACUUCAUCGGUGCAUCAUAUGCAUAUGCAGAUAGAGACAAGGUUGUCAAUGACAAAUAGCUUUGCGCUGCAGAC